AUGCGAUCGCUUGAGACUCUAGAUGUAACAACAGAUAUGUGUGCGGCGAUGUUAUUUCCGUUGGUAGAAUCUGCGCUGCCAGAAGAAACUUUGCGAACGUGGCAACGAAUAAUGAUAUCGUCAACGCUGCAAACAGAUGCAUCUAGUAUAAAUCGCACAGCCAAGGAUCGUCUUAUUAAUUUGAUGUCUUUUCUAGGAAGAGAGAUUGAGAACGAAGAGCGUAUCCUAAUGGCUAAGACAUGUUUCGAGAGUAGCGAUACCCAGGCAUCUAAAGAUAAAGAUAAGAAGAGAAUGAGAUGCGAUCAAGGUCAAGGAGUAGCUACAGCAGCUGGUUUAUUAUCCGUGAAAGAAUCCAAGGCACAACCAUGUUUGUUCUGUGGAGAGAAACAUGAUAGUUCGAGUUGUGAAAAGGCGAAAGGCAUGGAUAUGGACGAGAGAUCUAAGGUCGUUAAAGAAAAAAAUGGCUGUUUCAAAUGUCUAAAGGUAGGACAUAGCUAUAAGAAAUGUUACAGCAAAGAAAAAUGUCCCUGGUGCAGUAAAGGACACUGCCUUUUGAUGUGCCGAAAUCUUUCGAGUAAUAGCGGCCAGAAAUCGGUUGAUGAGAAGCCCAACGGUUCAAAAUUCAACGAGGGAAAUAGUUGUUUGGCUAAUAUUUCAAGUGCCAAAAUAUUUUUACCUAUACUAAAGAUCAGGAUGCGUGGACCGAGAGAAAGUAUAUCUGUUCGUGCCAUUAUAGAUACAGGCUCACACAGAUCUUACAUUUUGAAGAGGUUAGCAAGGGAUCUAGGAUACGAAGCAGAAGGUGAGCAAACGAUGGUACAUUUACUUUUUGGAGGAACGAAGACUAAGCCUCAAAAACACAAAAGCUAUCGGAUCCACAUUGGUAACUUGGAAGGAACGUAUAAGUGUGAUUUUAUAGCCUUACAACAAGACACUAUUUGCCAAGAUGUUCCCAACAUAGGCACCGGCUUGUGGACGGAGGUGCUUAAAGAGAAGAAUGUCCAUCUAAGCGACACCGGUGAAAGUAGAGAGUCUAUUUCUUUGUUGAUCGGAGCGGACGUUGCGGGCAAGCUAUUUACAGGCAAAAUCAUACAACUGAACCAAGGAGCAACGGCUAUCGAGACGAAGCUUGGAUGGACGAUUUUAGGCAGAAAUUCAGAAGAAAGUAGUGACACAGACACUACGCUGAUGGUCGUCUCCAUGUUUUCUCAAGAGGCCAGCGUGUCAGAUUUAUGGAAACUAGACACGUUAGGAAUUACUGACCCGAUCGAGAGCAUAAGUAAAGAGGCACGACAAGAAGAAAUUAAGGCAUUGCUUCAAGAGACAACAAAGAUUACCGAAGAAGGACGUUUCGAAGUCAUCUUACCCUGGAAGGAUAAUCAUCCGCCCUUGCAAGAUAACAGGGACAUGGCUAAAAGAAGAUUGGAUGUCGUCACGAAGAAAUUGAAACAAGAAAACUUAUUCGACGAUUACAAUACAAUCUUCAGCAACUGGCUCGAGGAGGGUAUUAUAGAAAAAGUACCUGUGCAUGAAGUUGACAGAGAGAGUUACUACCUUCCGCAUCGACCAGUUGUCAAGAGAGAAGGAACCACUAGGAUUCGACCCGUUUUCGAUGCCUCGGCCAAGAAGAAGGAAACGCCGUCGCUCAACCAGUGUUUAGAAACGGGACCCAAUCUUAUUGAGCUUGUUCCAGCAUUGCUGCAUCGAUUCAGAGAAAAGAGGAUAGGAGUAACAGCAGAUAUUGCUAAAGCCUUUUUACAAAUUAGCGUUUCUCCAUCAGAUAGAGAUGUCCUAAGGUUUUUGUGGUGGGAUACUAACGGCGAAAUCGAGACUUAUCGUCAUCGUCGGGUUGUUUUCGGAAUAACUAGCAGCCCUUUCCUUCUAGGAGCCACCAUAAAAUUACUCAUUGAGAAUACGUUAAAUUCUACUGUUUCGACACACGAGAAAUUAAUUUACAAGAAAUUGCUAAGAUCCUUUUACGUUGACGAUUGCAUCACCAGUGUCGAUUCUUACGAGGACUUCGAGAUUUUUCAGAGAGAAGCAAGUUCCGUUUUGGAUAAAGCAAGAUUCGACUUAAGAGACUGGAAGUACACAGGCCUGAGAUGCAAGACUCGAUCGACAGUACUUGGACUAAUAUGGAAUACUGAAGAGGAUACUCUUUCGUUGUCGGGUUUCCCCCUACAACCCACCGCAGAAAGGAUAACGAAGAAAAUUGUUUUAUCGCACGUGCAGAAGGUUUUUGACCCAUUAGGAGUGAUCUGUCCUGUGUUGAUGAAAGCAAAACUACUGCUACAGCGCCUUUGGAGCGAAGGUUUAAAUUGGGACGCGGAAAUUGAUCCGGAUAGAAAAAAGGAGUUCUUGGAUUGGGCGCAGCAGCUGGAUCUUCUCCGAAUCUUGAGGUUCCCACGCUGGAUUUUCGGUGAGAUAAGAAAUACAGAUACAUUGUCCCUGCAUAUGUUCGUAGAUGCAAGCAAAGAUGCAUAUGCCGCUGUUCUUUUCGUGCGUAUCGAAUCAGACACGGAAGUCAAGGUUCAUCUAGUGGAAGCUAAAUCGAGAAUAGCACCCAAAAGCAAGAAAACGAUACCGCGUCUCGAAUUACUGGCUGCUUCCAUUGGAGCGCGGAUGAUGCAUUCUUUCGACAAGGCAAUGGAUUAUCGAGAUAUUAAAAGAUAUUUUUGGAGCGAUUCGACUACUGUUCUAGCAUGGAUACGACAGACAAAGCAAUGGGCGGUAUUCGUGUGGAAUCGCGUUCAAGAAAUAAGAAGUAUCACAAAUGUCGAGUCUUGGAGAUAUGUGCCGGGGGUUAUGAAUCCUGCGGAUUUAUCUUCACGAGGAUGUGAUGCCAAGAAAUUACUCGAGUCAAGAUGGUGGGAGGGGCCCGAAUGGCUAAAGCUGCCCCCGGAAGAAUGGCCGAAGGAUGAAUUUAUAGAAGCCUUCAGAAGAUUUAUAGCCAGACGAGGAAGGCCUUCUGUAGUCUAUAGCGAUAAUGGCAGAAAUUUCGUAGGACUAGCGAAUUUACUACGAAAAAUUAAUUGGCAGAAAAUUCAGCGAUAUUGCUCUCUUAGCCAAAUCGAAUGGAAUUUCAAUCCACCUUCAGCUGCUUGGUGGGGAGGAUGGUGGGAGCGCCUCAUCCGCAUCCUCAAGGAUUUGCUAAGGAGAACGCUGAGGAGAACUUCGUUGAGUUACGAAGAGAUGAACACGGUCUUGUGCAACUGUGAAGCUGUUAUGAAUUCAAGACCGCUUACUUACAUGACAGAAGAGAGUACUGAGACCAUGGCAAUCACUCCAGACAUGUUCAUUAGAGACGUCAAGGAAGCUGGCGCUCCCGAUUUGGACCAGAUCAGCAAGACAAACUUUGCAAAACGAAUCCGUUAUCGCCAAAGUCUAAAGGAAGAAUUGAGAAGGCGUUUUCGCAUCCAGUAUCUAGGACAAUUAUCCAGACGGACGAAAUGCAAGAGCAGUUUCACGCAGGUUGCAGUGGGCGACGUAGUACUAGUCGGAAACGACAUCCAAAGACGUUUGGAUUGGCCGCUGGCAAUAGUCAAAGAAGUCCUUCCUGGAAAGGACGGACAUACCAGAGUUGUGAGACUGAAAACGGAAAAGGGAGAAUUAAUUCGCCCAAUACAAAGACUGAUCCCGUUGGAGGUGGAUCAUCACGCGGAAAAAGCUAGCAGAGUCCGUAAGUCAAUCAAAGCUUCGCCUCAGGAUGAAGAGAGUCCGGAGUCUGCCCCGCAGAAGAAGCAGGAGUCGGUCAUCGAGGAGAAGCCGGAGUCUGUUCCUACAGAAGAAACGGGUCUAAGAACUCGGAGCGGACGACUUAUUAAGAAGCCAGAACGAUUUGAAGCCUAG